AUGCUUCUGAGUGAGCAAGAACAAGUCUUGUCCUACAAUGGCGAAGUCCUUAUAUUUCAAUUGUCAAAAGCAAAGCACGUAGAAGGAGAAGCUGGUAAAACAACAAAGUUAUCUAUCAGAAGAAUGGCCUUUGACAGAGACACUAAACUGUUUAUUCCAAAAUCCGCUGGACUAUUCAGCAUGCGUGGCAAUCACUUAGAAAUUGAAAUGAUUUGUUGUAGCUGUACAACAGAUUCCAGAACAGGAACUAUUCUUCCCUGCGUUUUGAUGAAAAAGAAAAAACGGAAAAAUGUUUUCAAAUAUCUCUUGUUGUUGCUUCACAGCUCCAAUCAGUUUGAACAGUCCUUUAAUUUUAAACUGGAUUAUGAGCUGAAAGAAGACAUCAGGUUGCUUCCUGGUCCCUCAGUCUUGUGGAGGCAUGCUAACAAGCUGUUUUACAUCUCUUCCGACGCCUGCACGGUUCUAAGUGCUCCUGUUCAACUUUCUUCCAUUGUGUGGGCAGGUGAAAUUGAAGAGGAAGGUGUUGUUGUCUUAGGGAUAAGAACUGCUUGCUUAUCAGAGAGCGAAGACGAACAAGAGUUUUCCGCUUCAGAUAGAGCUAUCUGGGGUAGUGAGUUCUUUGGAUAUGCAAUUGAAACACAGAAAAUGAUAACUGGCACGUGCUUUAUGCCUCAUGCUUACAGCAGAGUGGUAUCUUCUGUCUGUGUCUGCAAGAAAGAGAUAUUGAAAAAACAGCUCAGAAUAUCAGUUGUUGCCAUCACUCACAAGAAUCAACUUAUUUGGUUCCAAGAUGGUCUCCCUAAAGGUGUCUGUGAGCUUCCAUAUGAGAAACCCUGUUCAGUAAAAACAGCUAUAACUAGUAGCAAUGACUUGCUAUUUAUUGUUUCUUUUGCCUCUGGGAAUAUCUGCACUGUAUGGAGAGACGGUUUCCAGAUUGCUUCCAAAUGGCAAAACGUGAAGUCUGUUCUCAUAGAUGAUUUUGUUGGCUAUGGAACUGAGCAAAUAUUACUGCUUUUUAAGGAUGACUCCGAUACCGAUUUGUUAAGUGCGUUCAGAAUAAUGGAUUUUGGAGAGGUCAACUAUGCAAGUGAUAUUAAUUAUAAAGAUGAUGUUCCUGCUGCAGAAGGAUUGCAAGAGAAUGGUUUGCUUACAGUCCAAGCCCUUGAAACAAGAUUACAGGCUGGUUAUACCUCUAUUCGAGAGCUACAGCACCAUUUAAGGCUUAAAAAGAAGGUUAUUCUUGAAUCUUGCAGAGCAUUAGUAGAUCUUGUUCAAGAAAGAAGCCAUAUUCUACCAGCCGCGAAAAAGGAAGGUCUUGUCGCUCUCUGGGAUGAUACAGAAAAUCCUCUUCCUCUUCUUAACAAAGAAGCGUCACUGACAUCUAAAGUUCCAGAGCACUCCAUAGAGAAAUUGUGGCAACGUGUUGUGGGUGACAACUUGAUAGUUGGAGUAAAACUAACGGAAUCAUUUAACUUGUCGCUGAGUGAUGUCAGUUUAUCCUUAGUAAUGGAUGAAAGGAUUUCUCCAAUUAUUGAGUGUCAGAAUAAAGCCAUUACGCUGAACAAAGCCUUUUCAGCUUUGGCUAUCUCUUCAGGUCAAAUUGAGCCACCUCCAAAAAAGAUGAAACUGGACUUUCAUAGCAAGAACGAUCUGAAAGAAGAGCUUCAUAAGAGACAUUUGAAGAUUCCACUGGAUGGAGCAAAAACGUUCGUUGCUGUUACCAGCCUUUCACCACUGUUGGCAUUUCACAGCGUACGUUGCACAGUUCUACUACACGCGAAGAAACAAAAACGUGAAAGUGGUAGUUUACAGAAGAGCAAAAAGAUUACUUUACUAUGUGGGAAAAUUCUGUUAAGUCUGGAAGAUAUUUCACAUGGAAAAUAUUCAGUAAAGAUGUUAAGGGAUAAUAGUUACUGUACAGGUGCCCUGGAAGAUAUCCUUGCUGUCCUUGCAGUAUCUGUAAGAUUCUGCUUUCAGAUUGUGUCUUCUGCUUGCACACUGACUCCAGUAAAUUCAUGGUUACAGGGAGAAAUGGAGUGCACACCAUUUAAGGAAUGCCAUGACAAUCUUUUCUGCCAUAAAGCUGGAAAUCUGCAUGGUACAGUUCUCAACUGGACCCUGAAAACUCCGUUUGAAGGAAUUCUAACCUUGUUUUGCAGAAAUCUGACUGUCUUGUUCCAGUGCCUUCAUAGCCUUACUAGAGUUCUCCCACCAAGCAGUGAUAUAAAACUUCUGAGGUCUGGAAGCAAAGAUACACUUACCGACCAGUUAGCGCUGGCUUUGGAAAAAGAAGUGCUCAUCUCAAGGAAUUCUUUCUCGUCAAAAGAAAAUAAGGCUGAAAACAGUUUGACAUGGGGCAAUGAGCCUGGCAAGAAAAUCAGUGAUGCUCCUGUGGCUUCUUUCCUGGACAGUGCGGAAGGAGUUCAGCAGUUCAGAAAGAAGCUUCAGAAUGAUCGAGAAGGGUGUGUGCUAAGUAUGAAUCAAACAAUGAAUGGUGCCCUUUACCAGGAAACCACUUUGAAAAUAGCAAAGGCUCAGCUCCAUUCUGAUAUGAUUGUGUGGAGACUGAGCAAAUCCUAG